AUGGCCGCCACCGGCGCGGGUUUGCAAGGUUCCUUGCAGCAGCUGCAGCAGUACUUGUCAGCCGUGGACCGCGGCACUGCCGCGAUGGCCGGUUAUCAACUGAUCCGCGGCUUGGGCCUGGAGUGUCUGCUGGGUGCCAGCCCCGCGGCGCUGGCAUUACAAACUUCCUUAGUUUUUUCCAGAGAUUUUGGUUUGCUUGUAUUUGUGCGGAGAUCACUUAGCAUUGAAGAAUUUCGUGAUUGUAGAGAAGAAGUCCUAAAAUUUUUAUUUAUUUUCUUGGAAAAAAUUGGCCAGAAGAUCACACCUUAUUCUCUUGAUAUUAAGAAUACUUGUACCAGUGUUUAUACAAAAGAUAAAGCUGCUAAAUGUAAAAUUCCGGCCCUAGACCUUCUUAUUAAGUUACUUCAGAUUGUGAGAAGUUCUAGACUCAUGGAGGAAUUCAAAGUUAGAGAAUUAUUUAGCAAAUUUUAUGGAGAACUUGCUUUGAAAACAAAGUUACCAGAUACAGUUUUAGAAAAAAUAUAUGAGCUCCUAGGAGUAUUAGGCGAAGUUCAUCCUAGUGACAUGGUAAAUAAUUCAGAAAAACUGUUCCGGGCUUUUUUGGGUGAACUUAAGACCCAGAUGACAUCCACAGUAAGAGAGCCCAAACUGCCGGUUGUGGCAGGAUGUCUGAAGGGCUUAUCUUCACUGAUGUGUAACUUCACUAAAUCCAUGGAGGAAGAUCCUCAGACUUCAAGGGAGAUUUUUGAUUUUGCACGAAAGGCAAUUUGUCCUCAGAUUGACCUGAAGAGAUACGCUGUGCCCUCAGCUGGUUUGCGCUUGUUUGCCCUGCAUGCAUCCCAGUUCAGUACCUGCCUUCUGGACAACUAUGUGUCUUUAUUUGACUUGCUGUCAAAAUGGUGUGGCCAUACCAAUGCAGAGCUGAAGAAAGCUGCACACGCGGCCUUGGAGGCCUUUCUGAAACAGGUUUCUUUUAUGGUGGCAAGAGAUGCAGAAAGGAAUAAGAGUACGCUACAAUACUUUAUGAAACAAUUCUAUGAAAUCAUCAGAAACACGGAUUCAAGCAACAAGGAAUUAUCCAUUGCUAUUCGUGGAUAUGGACUUUUUGCAGGACCUUGUAAGGCUAUCAGUGCAGAAAACGUGGACUGGAUGUACGUCGAGCUCAUCCAGCGCUGCAGACAGAUGUUCCUGACUCAGACAGACACCUCCGAUGACCAUGUCUACCAGAUGCCGAGUUUCCUCCAGUCGAUUGCCAGCGUCUUGCUUUACCUUGACACCGUUCCUGAGGUGUACACUCCAGUUUUGGAGCACCUCAUGGUGGUGCAUAUAGACAGUUUCCCACAGUAUAGUCCAAAAAUGCAGUCAGUGUGUUGCAGAGCCAUAGUGAAAGUUUUCCUGGCCUUAGUUGACAAAGGACCAGUUCUCUGGAAUUGCAUUGGUACUGUGGUGCAUCAGGGUUUAAUCAGAAUAUGUUCUAAACCAGUCGUUCUUCAGAAGGAUGCUGUGGCCGAGGCUGAAGACCUUCGUGCCUCUGGGGAAGUGCGAACUGGCAAGUGGAAAGUGCCUGUGACCAAAGACUAUUUGGAUCUUUUUAGAAGUCUCAUGAGCUGUGACCAGAUGAUGGAUUCUCUCUUAGCAGAAGAAGCAUUUCUCUUGGUGAAUUCAUCCCUUCAAAAUCUGAAUCAUUUGAUAUAUGAUGAAUUUAUAAAAUCUGUUUUGAAGAUUGUUGAGAAAUUGGAUCUUACACUAGAAAAACAGAAUGCUGGGGAGCAAGAGGAUGAGAAUGAAGCUACUGGUGCGUGGGUGAUCCCAACCUCGGAUCCAGCUGCUAACUUGCGUCCUGCUAAACCCCAAGAUUUUUCAGCUUUCAUUAACCUGGUGGAAUUUUGCAGAGAGAUACUUCCUGAGAAACACAUGGAAUUUUUUGAGCCGUGGGUGUACUCAUUUGCAUAUGAGUUAAUUUUGCAGUCUGUACGGUUGCCACUCAUCAGUGGUUUCUACAAAUUGCUUACUGUCAUAGUGAGAAAUGCCAAGAAAAUGAAAUAUUUUGCGGGCAUUAGUCCAAAGAGUCUGAAGCACUCUUCUGAGGAUGCAGAAAAGUAUUCUUGUUUUGCUUUAUUUGUAAAAUUUGGUAAAGAGGUAUCAGUUAAAAUGAAGCAAUACAAAGAUGAGCUUUUGGCCUCAUGCUUGACAUUCGUCCUGUCCCUGCCACACGACAUCAUUGAGAUUGACAUGAGAGCCUACGUUCCUGCAUUGCAGAUGGCUUUCAAACUGGGCUUGAGUUAUACUCCCUUGGCGGAAGUAGGCCUGAAUGCCCUAGAAGAAUGGUCAGUUAACAUCCACAGAUACGUAAUUCAGCCAUAUUACAAAGACAUUCUACCCUGCCUUGACGGUUAUCUGAAAACUUCAGCCUUAUCAGAUGAGACCAAGAAUAACUGGGAGGUAUCUGCACUCUGUCGGGCUACCCAGAAAGGGUUUCAUAAAGUUGUGUUGAAGCAUCUGAAGAGAACAAAGAACAUGGCAUCCAAUGAAGCAUUAUCUUUAGAAGCAAUAAGAAUUAAAGUGGUACAAAUGCUUGGACGUCUAGGAGGACAAAUAAACAGAAAUCUUAUAACAGCUGCAUCCUCAGAUGAAAUGAUGAAGAGAUGUGUAGCAUGGGACAGAGAAAAGAGGCUCAGUUUUGCAAUGCCAUUUGUAGAAAUGAAGCCUGUUGUUUAUCUGGAUGUCUUUUUGCCUCGGGUCACAGAAUUAGCUUUGUUAGCUGGUGACAGACAGACUAAAAUUGCAGCAUGUGAACUUUUACAUAGUUUGGUUAUGUUUAUGUUGGGAAAGUCCACUCAGAUACCUGAAGGUGACCGCGGCUCUCCACCCAUGUACCAGCUGUAUAAGCAGACUUUCCCUGUACUACUGCGACUUGCGUGUGAUGUAGAUCUGGUGACAAGGCAAUUAUAUGAACCAUUAGUUAUGCAGCUGAUCCACUGGUUCACCAACAACAAUAAAUUUGAAAGUCAGGAUACUGUUGCUUUACUAGAAACUAUUUUGGAUGGCAUUGUGGAUCCUGUUGACAGUACUUUAAGAGAUUUUUGUGGUCGCUGUGUUCGAGAAUUCCUAAAAUGGUCCAUUAAGCAGACAACACCACAGCAGCAGGAAAAAAGUCCUGUAAACACCAAAUCGCUUUUUAAGCGAUUGUACAGCUUCGCACUGCACCCCAAUGCUUCCAAGAGGCUGGGAGCCGCACUUGCUUUUAAUAAUAUCUACAGGGAAUUCAGGGAAGAAGAGUCCCUGGUAGAACAGUUUGUGUUUGAAGCCUUGGUUGUCUAUAUGGAAAGUCUGGCCUUAGCGCAUACAGAUGAAAAGUACUUGGGCACAAUCCAACAGUGUUGUGAUGCCAUUGAUCACCUGAGGCGCAUCAUUGAAAAGAAGCAUGUUUCUUUAAACAAGACAAAAAGACGGCGUUUGCCACAAGGAUUCCCUCCUGCGUCUUCACUGUGCCUGCUAGACAUGGUCCGGUGGCUUUUGGCCCACUGUGGAAGGCCCCAGACGGAGUGUCGGCACAAAUCCAUAGAACUGUUUUAUAAAUUUGUUCCUUUAUUGCCAGGCAGCAAAUCCCCUUCUGUAUGGCUGAAUGAUAUUAUCAAGAAAGAAGGUAUUUCUUUUCUUAUAUACCAGUUUGAAGGGGGAGGAAGCAGUUGUGACCAGCUCUCUGGCAUUCUUGCUCAGCCCACCCUCAGCCAUCUGCCUGGGCCAUUUAGUCUUCGUGCGACCCUGUGGUGGAUGGACAUGCUACUGGCAGCACUGGAAUGCUACAACACAUUUAUUGGAGAGAAGACCAUCGGCGUUCUCAAGGUCCUAGGCACUGAAGCACAAUCUUCACUUUUGAAAGCAGUGGCUUUCUUCUUAGAGAAGCUUGCCAUGCAUGAUAUUACAGCAGCAGAACAGUGCUUUGGUUCUAGUGCAACGCGUGACAUUCCUAGCCCACAGGAGAGAGAAGGAUACAGUUACAGCAAAUGCACAGUUGUGGUCCGCAUUAUGGAAUUUACCACAAUGCUGCUCAACACCUCCCCGGAAGGAUGGAAGCUCCUUGAGAAGGACUUACUCAACACCAGCUUUGUGAAGCUCGUGGUGCAAACGCUGUGUGAGCCUGUGAGCGUGGGUUUCAACAUCGGAGAUGUUCAGGUCAAGGAUCAUCUUCCCGGAGUGUGUGUGAGCCUGAUGGCAGCACUGAAGAAGCUGCCGUGUAAACACGUCCUAGAGACGCACCUCCAGGAAAAAAUCCCAUUGCAGAGCAUUGAGGACCUUUGUGUUGUUGACCUGUAUAAUCCUGAUGGUCACAUGAACAGGACCAAGCUGGCUUCUCUGGUGUCAGCAUGUAAACACCUUCAUAAAGCCGGGUUCUUGAAUGCUAUUUUACCAUCACAGUCUGCAGAUCUGCAUCAUUCUAUUGGCACAAAACUUCUUACACUGGUUUAUAAAGGCAUUGCACCUGGAGAGGAAGGACAGUGUCUUCCUGUGCUAGACACCAGCUGUAAGCGGCUGGCCGGUGGGCUCCUGGAGCUGGCCUUUGCUUUUGGAGGACAGUGCAAGCAACUGGUGGGUCUCCUCCUGAGCACAUCAAUGUUGUCCAUGCCGUCCUCCGGCCAGUUGCAGAGAAGCAUCAUCAGCUUCUCCCAUGGAGAGUAUUUUUAUAGCUUGUUCUCAGAAACUAUCAACACUGAAUUGUUGAAAAAUGUAGAUUUUGCUGUGAUGGAGCUCAUGAAGUCAUCCGAGGAGAAUCCAAAAAUGGUGAGUGCGGUUUUGAAUGGUAUGUUAGAUCAGAGCUUCAGGGAUCGAGCCAUUCAGAAACACCAAGGACUGAAGCUCGUGGCUGCAGUUCUUCAAAACUGGGGGAGAUGUGAGUCAUGGUGGGCCCAGGAUUCUGCUUCUGAAAGUAAAAUGGCUGUGCUGGCCUUGUUGGCAAAAAUUUUACAGAUUGAUUCAUCUGUAUCUUUUAAUACAAAUCACAGUUCAUUCCCUGAAGUCUUCAGGACAUACGCUAGUCUACUUGCUGAUUCAAAGUUGGGUCUACAUUUAAAGGGUCAAGCUGUAAUUAUUCUUCCAUUCUUCACCAAUCUUACUGGAGGAAAUCUUGAGGACCUUAAGCAUGUUCUUGAAAAGCUUGUGGUUUCUAAUUUCCCUAUGAAGUCUGAUGAGUUUCCCCAGGGAACGCUGCGGUAUAAUAAUUAUGUGGACUGCAUGAAAAAGUUUCUAGACGCAUUGGAAUUAUCUCAAAGUCCUAUAUUGUUCCAGUUGAUGACAGAAAUUCUUUGUCGGGAACAGCAGCAUGUUAUGGAAGAGUUAUUUCAAUCCACGUUCAAAAGGAUUGCCAAUAGGAGUUCAUGUGUUACACAAUUAGAUCUUCUGGAAAGUGUAUACAGAAUGUUUCGGAGGGAUGACCUACUUUCAAAUACCACCCGCCAGGCAUUUGUAGAUCGUUCUCUCCUCACUCUGCUGUGGCAUUGUUCUCCGAGUGCUUUAAGAGAAUUUUUUAGCAAAAUCGUGGUGGAUGCCAUUGAUGUGUUGAAGUCCAGGUUUAUAAAGCUAAAUGAAUCUACUUUUGAUACUCAAAUCACCAAGAAGAUGGGCUAUUAUAAGAUGCUAGACGUGAUGUAUUCUCGUCUUCCAAAACAUGAUGUUCACUCUAAGGAAUCAAAAAUCAAUCAAGUUUUCCAUGGUUCGGGUAUUACUGAAGGAAGUGAACUUACAAAGUCACUUAUUAAAUUGUGCUAUGAUGCAUUUACAGAGAACAUGGCAGGGGAGAGUCAGCUGCUGGAGAGGAGAAGACUUUAUCACUGUGCUGCAUACAACUGUGCCAUUUCUCUUAUCUGCUGUGUCUUCAGUGAAUUAAAAUUCUACCAAGGUUUUCUGUUCAGUGAAAAACCAGAAAAGAACUUGCUUAUUUUUGAAAAUCUGAUAGAUCUGAAUCGCUGCUAUACAUUUCCUGUAGAAGUGGAGGUCCCUAUGGAAAGAAAGAAAAAGUACAUUGAAAUUAGGAAAGAAGCCAGGGAAGCAGCAAAUGGGGACUCAGAUGGUCCUUGUUAUAUAUCUUCCUUAUCAUAUUUGGGAGACAGUAGCCUGAGUGAAGAAAUGAGCCAAUUUGAUUUCUCAACUGGAGUUCAGAGUUAUUCGUACAGUUCCCAAGACCCAAAAUCUACCACUGGUCAUUUCUGGAGACAGGAUCGUCAGGAGCCCAUGGGCAGGGGUGAGCUCAUGGAGUUGGAGAUGGAUGAGCUCAACCAGCAUGAGUGCAUGGCCCCUCUGACAGCCCUGGUCAAGCACAUGCAGAGGAGUCAGGUCACCCCGAGGGUAGAGGAGGGUUUAGUGCCAAGCAGUCUUCCUCCUUGGAUGAAAUUUCUUCAUGACAAACUAGCAAAUCCAUCAGUACCAUUAAAUAUUCGUCUCUUCUUAGCCAAACUUGUUGUUAAUUCAGAAGAAGUGUUUCGCCCUUAUGCACAGCACUGGCUGAGCCCCUUGCUGCAGCUGGUUGUUUCUGAAAAUAACGGAGGAGAAGGAAUUCACUACAUGGUGGUUGAGAUAGUGGUCACUGUUUUGUCAUGGACAGGCGUAGCUACUCCUGUAGGGGUCCCUAAAGAUGAGGUGUUAGCAAAUCGAUUGCUUCAUUUCUUAAUGAAACAUGUGUUUCAUCAAAAAAGAGCUGUGUUUAGACACAACCUUGAAAUUAUAAAAACGCUUGUUGAAUGCUGGAAGGACUGUUUAUCCAUCCCUUACAGGUUAAUAUUUGAAAAGUUUUCUAGUAAAGAUCCUAAUUCUAAAGACAAUUCUGUAGGAAUUCAGUUAUUAGGAAUUAUUAUGGCCAAUAACUUGCCUCCAUAUGACCCGAAAUGUGGCAUAGAGAGUAUAAGAUACUUUGAAGCUUUGGUUAAUAAUAUGUCUUUUGUAAAACAUAAAGAGGUAUACACAGCAGCAGCAGAAGUUCUGGGACUUAUUCUUCGCUAUACUACUGAAAAAGAAAACGUACUGGAGGAGUUCAUUUGUGAACUGGUUGUGAAACAAUUGAAGCAACAUCAGAAUACAAUGGAGGACAAGUUCAUUGUGUGCUUGAACAAAGCUGCACAGCACUUCCCUCCUCUGGCUGAUAGGUUUAUGAAUGUGGUGUUCUUCCUGCUGCCAAAAUUCCACGGCGUGAUGAAGACUCUGUGUCUGGAGGUGGUGCUUUGUCGAGCAGAGGAAAUAGCAGAUCUCUACUUGGAGCUAAAGAGCAAGGACUUCAAGCAAAUCAUGAGACACAGAGAUGAUGAAAGACAAAAAGUAUGUUUGGAUAUAAUUUAUAAGAUGAUGGCAAGAUUGAAACCUGUAGAACUUCGAGAACUUCUGAAUUCUGUAGUAGAAUUCAUUUCCCAUCCCUCUCCAACAUGUAGGGAACAAAUGUAUAAUAUUCUUAUGUGGAUUCAUGACAAUUACAGAGAUCCAGAAAGUCAAACAGAUGCUGUCUCCCAGGAAAUAUUUAAGUUGGCAAAAGAUGUAUUGAUUCAAGGAUUGAUUGAUGAGAAUCUUGGGCUUCAAUUAAUUAUUCGAAAUUUCUGGAGUCAUGAAACUAGAUUACCGUCACAUAUUUUGGACCGAUUGUUGGCAUUAAAUUCGUUAUAUUCUCCUAAAAUAGAAAUGCAGUUUUUAAGUUUAGCAACAGAUUUUCUGCUUGAAAUGACCAGCCUGAGCCCAGAUUAUCCAAACCCUGUGUUUGAGCAUCCUCUGUCAGAAUGCACAUUUCAGGAAUACACUAUUGCUUCUGACUGGCGUCUCCGAAGUACUGUUCUCACACCAAUGUUUAUUGAGACUCAGGCCUCCCAAAUUGCUCUCCAGACCCAAACCCAAGACGACUCCCUGACAGUUCAAGGGCUCAUGGCUGGGCAAGUAAGGAGUACCCAGCAACACUGGGACUUCACACCUACCCAAAACACAGAUGGAAGAAGCUCAUUUAAUUGGCUAACUGGAACCAGCAUUGACCCGUUGGCAGAUUACAUGGUCUCAUCGUCAUCUGAUUCCCUGUCUUCCUCCUUACUGUUUGUCCACAAGAGGAGGGAAAAACCACCAAGAGCAUCCUCGAAGUCAGUGGGACCUAAUUUUGGGAGAAAGAGGCUAGGCCUUCCAGGGGAUGAGGUGGAUAACAGUGUUAAAGGCACAAAUGAUCGGGCAGAAAUAUUAAGAUUACGUAGACGAUUUUUAAAGGACCAAGAAAAGCUCAAGUUGAUUUAUGCCAGAAAAGGUAUUGUUGAACAGAAACGAGAGAAGGAGAUCAAAAGUGAGUUAAAAAUGAAGCAGGACUCCCAGAUCAUUCUAUACAGAAGUUACCGCCAAGGAGACCUUCCCGACAUUCAGAUUAAACACAGCAGCUUGAUCACCCCCUUGCAAGCUGUGGCCCAGAGAGACCCGAUAAUUGCAAAACAGCUCUUUGUCAGCUUGUUUUCUGGAAUUCUAAAAGAGAUAGAUAAAUUUAAGACCAUGUCUGAAAAAAACAGCAUUACUCAAAAGUUGCUCCAGGACUUCAAUCAUUUUCUUAAUACCACUUUCUAUUUUUUCCCACCUUUUGUCUCCUGUAUCCAGGAAGUGAGUUGCCAACACCCAGACUUGCUCGGCCUUGACCCGGCCUUGGUGAGUGCUGGCUGCCUCGCCAGCCUGCAGCAGCCUGUCGGCAUUCUGCUACUAGAGGAAGCUCUGCUCCACCUGGAGCCCCCAGAGCCUCUGGCCAAGCGAGCCCGGGGAGCACCCCGCCCCUCUCCUGAAGUCCUCAGAUGGAUUCAGCUUGCGAAAUUGUAUAGAUCAAUUGGAGAAUAUGAUGUCCUCCGUGGUAUUUUUAGCAGUGAAAUAGGAACAAAGCAAGUUACUCAGGAUGCAUUAUUAGCAGAAGCCAGAAAUGAUUAUUCUGAAGCUGCUAAGCAAUAUAAUGAGGCUCUCAAUAAACACGACUGGUUGGAUGGUGAGCCCAUGGAAGCAGAAAAGGAUUUUUGGGAACUAGCCUCCCUGGACUGCUAUAACCACCUCACUGAGUGGCAAUCGUUGGCGUACUGCUCUACAGCCAGUGUGGACAGCAAGCACCCUCCAGAUCUAAAUAAAAUGUGGAGUGAGUCAUUUUAUCAGGAGACAUAUUUACCUUACAUGAUCCGCAGCAAGCUGAAGUUACUGCUUCAUGGAGAAGACGACCAGUCCCUGCUGACGUUUGUUGACAACUCUGUGAGCAAGGAGCUCCAGAAGGUUCUCCUGGAGCUUCACUAUAGUCAGGAAUUGAGUCUCCUUUACCUCCUACAAGACGAUUUUGACAGAGCCAAGUAUUGUAUUGAAAAUGGCAUUCAUAUCUUUAUGCAGGUGUAUUCUAGUACUGAUGUCCUCUUACACAGAAGUAGACUUACCAAAUUGCAGUCUGUACAGGCUCUAACAGAAAUUCAGGAGUUUAUCAACUUUGUAAGCAAACCAGGUAAUUUAUCAUCUCAGGUUCCCCUUAAGAGACUUCUGAAAACCUGGACAAACAGAUACCCUGAUGCUAAAAUGGACCCAAUGAGCACCUGGGAUGAUGUCAUCACUAAUCGAUGUUUCUUUCUCAGCAAAAUAGAGGAGAAACUUACUCUUCUUCCUGACGAUCAUAGUAUGAAAGUGGAUGGAGAUGGAGAUUCCGGUGACAAUAUGGAAAUGCAAGAGCAGGAAGAAGAUAUUUAUUCUCUGAUUAAGAGCUGUAAGUUUUCAAUGAAAAUGAAGAUGAUAGAAAGUGCGAGAAAACAGAACAGCUUCUCACUUGCCAUGAAACUAUUGAAGGAGCUGCAUAAAGACUCAAAAACAAGAGAAGAUUGGCUGGUGAGAUGGGUGCAUAGCUAUUGUCGAUUGAGCCACUUCCGGAGCCAGACUCAGCAUCAUACUGAGCAGAUUCUCACUGUGCUGAAAACCGUCUCUUUGCUGGAUGAGAACACAUCAAGCUACUUAAACAAAAAUAUUGUGGCCUUUCGUGAUCAGAACAUUCUCUUGGGUACCACUUACCAGAUCAUAGCUAAUGCUCUCAGCAGUGAGCCAACCUGCCUUGCCCAAAUAGAGGAAAGCAAGGUUAGAAGAAUCUUGGAGCUUUCUGGAUCCAGUUCAAAGGAUGCAGAAAAGGUGAUAAUGGGUCUAUAUGAGAAGGCAUUCCAUCUCCUUUCUGAAGCUGUGCAGACCACUGAGGAGGGGACCCAGUUUUCCACCAGGGACUGUGCCCGUGUGGCCGGAGCGAUAGAUGCUUACAUGACUUUGGUAGAUUUCUGUGAUCGGGAGCUUCGUAAGAAGGAAGAGAAUGCAUUAGUUAUUGAUCCUGUAGCACUACAAACUUAUCCAGCACUUGUGGUGGAGAAAAUGUUGAAAGCUUUAAAAUUAAAUUCCACUGAAGCCAGGCUAAAAUUUCCCAGACUACUACAGAUUAUAGAACAGUAUCCAGAGGAGACCUUGAGCCUAAUGACAAAAGAGAUUUCUUGCAUUCCUUGCUGGCAGUUCAUUGGCUGGAUCAGCCAACUGGUGGCCUUACUGGACAAAGAGGAGGCUGUGGCGGUACAGCACACUGUGGAGGAGAUCGCUGACAACUACCCACAGGCGAUUGUCUACCCCUUCAUAAUAAGCAGUGAGAGCUAUGCCUUCAACGACACCUCUGCUAGUCAUAAGAACAAGGAGUUUGUGGCAAGGUUAAAAAGUAAGUUGGAUCAAGGAGGAGUGAUUCAAGAAUUCAUCAAUGCCCUAGAACAGCUCUCCAAUCCUGAAAUGCUCUUUCAGGAUUGGACUGAUGAUAUCAAAGUUGAACUAGCAAAAAACCCUAUUAAUAAAAAAAGCAUUGAAAAAAUGUAUGACAGAAUGUAUGCGACCUUGGGAGACCCAAAGGUUCCAGGUCUCGGGGCUUUUAGAAGAAAGUUUGCUCAGGCCUUUGGAAAAGAAUUUGAUAAGCAUUUUGGGAAAGGCGGUUCUAAGCUACCUACGAUGAGGCUUAGUGACUUCAGCAACAUCACCACCUCGCUAUUUUUAAAAAUGAGUGAACUGUCGAAGGCGCCCGGGAAUCUGAGAGAGUGCUCACCCUGGAUGAGCAACUUCAAAGCGGAAUUCUUGAGAAAUGAGCUGGAGAUUCCUGGUCAGUAUGACGGCAAAGGAAAGCCAUUGCCUGAAUACCACGCACGGAUCACUGGGUUUGAUGAACGGGUAAAAGUAAUGGCUUCUAUCAGAAAACCUAAACGCAUCGUCAUCCGUGGGCAUGAUGAGAGAGAGUACCCUUUCCUCGUGAAGGGAGGGGAGGAUCUGCGGCAGGACCAGCGCAUCGAGCAGCUCUUUGAAGUCAUGAAUGUUGUUCUUUCCCGCAGUGCUGCCUGUAGUCAGAGAAACAUGCAGUUAAAGACUUACCAGGUCAUACCCAUGACUACCAGAUUAGGAUUGAUUGAAUGGAUUGAAAAUACUUUUACCUUGAAGGAACUUCUUUGGAAUAACAUGUCACAAGAGGAGAAAACAGCUUAUAUGAGUGAUCCCAAAGCACCACUGUCUGAAUAUAGAGACUGGCUGACAAAGAUGUCUGGAAAACGUGAUGUUGGAGCUUACAUGCUAAUGUAUAAGGGAGCUAGUCGUACUGAAACCAUCACAUCUUUUAGAAAAAGAGAAAGUAGAGUGCCAGGUGAUCUCUUAAAGCGUGCUUUUGUGAAGAUGAGCACAGGCCCCGAGGCCUUCCUGGCACUUCGCUCCCACUUUGCCAGCUCUCACGCUCUGUUAUGUAUCAGCCACUGGAUUCUUGGGAUCGGAGACAGACAUCUGAACAAUUUCAUGGUGAAUAUGGAAACCGGUGGCAUGGUUGGAAUUGACUUUGGACAUGCAUUUGGAUCAGCUACUCAAUUUCUGCCAGUCCCUGAGUUGAUGCCUUUUCGUCUAACUCGCCAAUUUAUCAAUCUGAUGUUACCAAUGAAAGAAACAGGUCUGAUAUACAGUGUAAUGGUGCACGCACUAAGAGCCUUUCGCUCACACCCAGACCUACUCACUAAUACCAUGGAUGUGUUUGUAAAGGACCCUUCCUUCGACUGGAAAAACUUUGAGCAAAAAAUGCUGAAGAAAGGAGGAUCGUGGAUUCAAGAAGUAAACAUAACUGAAAAAAAUUGGUAUCCCCGGCAGAAAAUAAAUUACGCUAAGAGAAAGUUAGCAGGUGCCAAUCCAGCAGUUAUUACUUGUGGUGAAUUACGUCUGGGCCAUGAGAAGGAACCUGCCUUUGGGGAUUAUAUGGCUGUGGCACGAGGAAGCAAAGAUCACAACAUUCGUGCUCAAGAAACAGAGAGUGGACUUUCAGAAGAAAUUCAAGUAAAGUGCUUGAUUGACCAGGCAACAGACCCCAAUAUCCUUGGCAGAACUUGGGGAGGAUGGGAGCCUUGGAUGUGAGGUCUGUGAGAGUCUGCAGAUACAUUAAACCAUUAAAUUGUUUAAAGAAUCUUCCGAACUUUCAUGUACACCAGUCAAUGAGCUGGUUGUCAAAUUGGCUUUCGUUUUUUGUUGUUUUUCUUUUCUUCAGACAUUUAUAUUUGGAAGCUUGUGUGUGAUUUUGGGCAAUAAAUGAUCUUAAGAAUAUGGAACACUAAAGUUUUGUUCUUAAAGGUCAACAUUAAAGUUAAAAAAAAUCAGUGUAUAGUAUUUUUAUGCAGUUUCAAGGGCAGAGUGUUCAUCUUACAAAAUAAUUUGUUAUAUUGCUUGCCAAAUUUAUUCUAAUACAGGUUGAGUGCAUUAUGGUGUAAAAAAUAAGUGAUCCUGUAUGUGAACAACCAGUAUACACAUCCUAAAUAUUUUUUACCAUAGCGUAAAAACAAUCAAAACAAGCCUACUUUGGAGUUGAGUUGAUUAUAAUAUAUUGUUUUCUCUAACUACUAAUUAACCAUAAUUUUCCACUUGAGUUCUGACAGUGCAGGCUGUGUUCAUUAACUUGAUCACCCAUAUUAUGGGAAACUUUGUUCUUUAAUGACUACUUUUCAUAUAAAUGGAGCCCUGGUUGAUCAGUGGUUAAAGAGCUUAGCUGCUAACCAGAAGGUCGGUAGUUUGAAUCCACCAGCCACUCCUUGGAGACCCUAUGGGGCAUUUCUACUCUGUUCUGUAGGGUUGCUAUGAGUCGGAAUCGACUCAACAGUAACAGGUUUGGUUUGUUUGGUUUUUUCAUAUAAAUAAGUUUCUUGUUACAGAUUGACUGUGUAUAUGAGUCCAAUAUCAAAGCUGUCUGCUUGAAACUUCCAUCAUAACUUAUGAGAAAGCAAUAAAAAAAAAAACUAUUAUUGUAUACAGCAUUCAUAAGACAUUUGUACAAUUACUCUAGAUGGUAAGUUGUCCUCUUUACACGCUUAACAACUCCAUGUCUGACUGGGGCCCAAACUUCAACCCUCUGAUUUUGCUGAGUAAGGACUUUUGGUUUGGAAACCUGGAAUUCAAACAAGAUAGCUUUAUUGAUUGUAAAUGCAAGGAAGUGUGAAGAAUAUUAAGAAUAUUUUUAUUAAUCAUUUUAUUAAAUUAAGUAUUUUAAUUUUUUUUUUAAAGUAGAAGUCAGAUACAUUUUCAGAAAUGGAAGGGUACAAAGACAAUUUUUUUCCCAGAAGUAAGACACGUAGAACUAUUUUCUUCAAAGCAUAUGAAACUAUACACCCUAGAGGAAUAUAACAGUGUGUCUUGAACAGACUGUUAAUAACCCUGUCCACUAAGAAAGGUGAGACAGGCCUGAAAGAGAUGGGCAAAGCUUUAGUAAAACAAAUUUUAUAUGCCCCAUGUACUACUGGAUGUAUGUAUGAUUGUUCAGUGCAGCUAUUUUUUUUUUUAAUUUUUACAAAUAGAAUAUGAACGGUAAUACUUACAUUAUAAACUGAUUUUGACAUUAUACUCGUUGCAUAUAAAACCAACAUUUUUAACCGCAAAAUGCUCAGAUUUGAACUCUUAUCAUAAAUCCAUGCUUAUGAAUAUUAAUUUGGGUAUUUUAUCCAACUAAAAACAAGUAUACCAUCAGCUCCUUUAGGAGAAGAGUUAUUUCACUGAUCACUGUCUUAGCACCUACAACAGUGCGCGGCACAUAGCAGACAAUCACCAUGAUAAAGUAACAGGAAAAAUACUAAAGACAAAGUUUUUAACUAUUCCUAAGAUAAAUAACUGUUUAGUGACCUAAGAGAAUUUUUUUUAGAGAAUUUUUGGAGUCGAAAUUGACUUGAAAGCAACAGGUAUUCAUUAACUAAUGUCCAGUAACUUCUGCCAAUAUGUAUAUUUUUUUUUUCAAAAUAUAUUUUUUAAAACUUUGAAAUAUUGUCUUUAUAUUAAAAUGAAAGCACGUUCUUCAUUCUGCUGCUCAGACUGGAUAAUUUCAGCUGUCCUGUCUUCGAUUUCACUGAUUCUUUCUGCUGCUUUCUCAAAUCUGCUGUUGAACCCCUCUCGCGAAUGUUUUUAUUUCAGUUAUGUACUUUUCAGUUCCAGAAUUUCUAUUUGGUUUCUAUUAUAAUUUUUGUGUCUUUAUUAAUAUUCUUAUUUUCUUCAUACAUCAUUUUCCUGGUUUCCUUUAUUUCUUUGUCCAUGGCUUCCUGCAGCUCCUUAAGCAUUUUUAAGGUACUUUAUUUAAAGUCUUUGUUUAGUAAGUCCAAUGUCUAGACUUCCUCAGGGGUGGUUUCUAUCAAUUUUUUUCCUGUGAAUGGGCUAUAGUUUCCUGUUUUAUUUUGGUUUUUGUUUUUGUACACUUCUUUGUUGAAAACGGGACAUGUUGAAUGUUGUAACUCUGGACAUCCGAUACUACCCCAUACCCAGGAUUUGGUGUUCCUGAUUUUUGAGGGAUGCAGACAUUUGGUGACUUUUCAGGCUAUUUUUACAAAUACGGUAUUCCUUGUCAUAAGUGGUCACAGAAGUCUGUGUUCCACUACUUCAUUGGUCAGCCAGUGACCUGACAGAUUUCCUUAAAUGCCUGGAGCAAAAAAAAAAAGAAGGAAUUAAACUACUAUUCUCAGUCUUUACAGCUUGGCUCUAAGCCGGGUCUCUCUUUCACUGCUAAGCCAGACCACCUGUAGCUCUGCCUUAGCCAAUACUACCUGCUUUUGUGGAGCCCACAGAUUAACUAGAGUGCAAGCCUAGAGUCCUCUCAGGUCUUUUCUGAGCAUGCUUCUGGUCUUGAGCAUGCAUGUUGCACUCAGUUUUCCCCAGUAUAUGCAGUGGACUUUCCAAGUCAUUACUCCCUCAAAAAUGUCUCAGCUUUCUUGGGCUUUUUGAUCUGUCUGCUGCUUGCCAUGCCUUGCCCUAGGAGGGCAUGAACAGUUGUCUGUAAAUCUCUCAACAGACACCAUCACCACCUGUAAAGUUGCUCCAGCCCAAGGGGUGGGGGAAUAAAGGUCAGCCAUUAUGCCAAUCCUCACAGAACCACCAGGCAGAUCAAAACCCAUGACCACAGUAUUUUAAUAACAAGCUCUGUGUUAGCACCCUGGCUCAAGAAAGCUGCACCAGAAACGGGCUGCUGUUACUGUGCUAGGAAAUGAGAAAAUGGUACCCUGGUUGGUGAAAAUGCCACAGUGCUCUCUUUCUAUUAUUCAGCUGCCUUUUUCUUCAUGAAUGAGUACUAUGAUUGCUUUAAGUUUUGGAUUAGAUUUCAGAGUUCUGAAAAUGUUGAUUCUGUCUGUCUCUGCUAGCUUAUGGUUGUUUCAGUGGAGGGACUGAUUCUUUGAGCACCCUACUCCUCCAUUUCCUGUAAUGAAGAAAAUGAACAGAGCCUAAGGAACCUGUGGGACACCAUCAAGAGUACCAACAUGCGCAUACGGAAACCUUAGAGGGAGAAAAAGAGAAAGGGGCAUAAAUAAUAGUUGAUGAACAACGGCCAUAAACUUACUGAAUUUGAUGAAAGACAAAUUUUCAAG